AUCGACUGCCUUGACGCUGUAAAAGUCCCGAUAGGCUGGUAGCGCACACGGCAUCGUCAGCGGCGGCAUUCACGCCAGAGCUGGGAAGCAAGAUUCGCAGUCGGCAUGGAAUGGAAGGGGCUGGACUGAACACCUCUCCCCAUAGAUCCAGUUGCUGAAGCAGAUGUCGGUCUUGCUCGCAUUAUGAACGAGAGAGCCGAGUCGAGCUGAGUCGAGGUAGAGACUUCAGAGCCGUGCCGAAUUCACGUUCAUCAGACAGAGUGCAUCCAUGGGCGAUGGUGUCUGAGCGGACAUGUGACAGAAUCCCCUGGAAGAGGAAGCGGGGGAUGGUGAACGAACAAAACGGUUCCACAGGGAAACUGAUUUUGGAGCCUCGGUCUGAAGACACUGUGAGCCUACUGCAGCUCGAGGGCAGCCCCUCUCGGAAUUAGUUGUAUUCGGAGUAUUGAGGCAUUCUUAUAUUCAUGUACGAUUCUCCGACACUGGCACUGGGUUGGGCCCUUUUAGUGGGAGACUACAUGAAAUAAGACGGUGUGCAGGUUUAGCCGUCAGGUCCGAGAAUAUCAGCUGGGAACUCGGGCCAGGGCGAUUCCGAAGGUUCGUUGGAUGCGGUGAGGAGGUGUAGACGGGAGGCGAGAUAGUUCACUCUCGUCAUUGGUAGAAAGCAGUGCGGGAGGCGAUGAGGAAAUUUGGCAAGGGUCUAGAGGGGGCUCUCAGGCAGUGAGAGAAACGAUUGCAUAUACUUGUCCCACAACCCCUAGAUCUGUGAGGUUAGGCCCACUCAAAGAGCAAUUCAGCUUACAUCACAGAGCAUGGUGUGACACAAGAAAGGACGUGUAUCUGCAUCCCAGGUACAGUCUCAGGGGGUAACGGAAGCUGAAAGAUCUAGCAGAACAUGACUGUUGCUCCACUGGAAAUAGAGAACUGCAGGUUGCUCUGAAAACAAAGGGUAAACAAUCGAAGAAGUUGCAAGUACUGAGAAGCGAUGGGGGCCGGCGGCGAUUCCGAAAGCUCUCGCACUGGGGAUGCGAUAUGGACCGUCGACGAGAGUCCAAUUCUUUCACCUCUGCUGGCGAAAGACGAGGAUGACAGAUUGGAUACAUUGGCAGAUGUUGAAGUUCCCCCAUGGGAUGAGCAGAUCACGUUCAGGGGUAUUCUUGUGAGCAUACUGUUGGGUGCUAUGUUCUGUAUAAUCACCCAUAAGCUGAACUUUGUCAUAGGUGUUAUUCCAUCUCUCAAUGUUGCUGCCGGGCUGCUGGGAUUCUUCUUCAUCAAGCUAUGGACCGGCACUCUGUCUCAAUUGGGCUUCUGGAGCAAGCCAUUCACCAGGCAGGAAAAUACCGUGAUUCAGACCACUGUUGUCUCCUGCUAUGGACUUGCUUUCAGCGGAGGAUUUGGUUCAUAUCUUCUUGCCAUGGACCAGAAGACGUACGAGAUUCUUGGUGUGGACUACCCCGGAAAUAGUGCAGAGGAUGUGAAGAAUCCGUCGCUCGGAUGGAUGAUUGCCUUUUUGUUCACAGUUAGUUUUGUUGGACUUCUGGCUCUUGUCCCUCUUCGAAAGAUUAUGGUCAUCGAUUACGCACUCACGUAUCCAAGUGGGACAGCAACGGCCGUUCUUAUCAACAGUUUCCACACCUCGCAAGGUGCCGACGUUGCCAGAAAGCAGGUCAGAUGUCUGGGAAAGCACUUCACUAUCAGCUUCUUUUGGAGCUUCUUCAAGUGGUUUUUCAGUGGCAUCGGUGAUAGCUGCGGUUUCGACAACUUUCCUAGUCUCGGGUUUCUGGCUUACAACAACAAGAUAUUCUUCGACUUCAGUUUGACGUACAUCGGCGUAGGCCUGAUCUGUCCCCAUAUUGUAAAUUGCUCCGUCGUGUUCGGAGCUCUUCUAUCAUGGGGCUUCAUGUGGCCGUUGAUCAACACUCGUGAAGGAGACUGGUUUCCGUCUGGGCUGGGUCAGAGUGACUUCAAAGGUCUAUACGGGUACAAGGUUUUCAUCGCUAUUGCUCUUGUUCUAGGGGAUGGCUUGUACAACUUUGUAAAGAUCUUGUUCGUGACUGCGAAGGCGAUUCAUAAACAGUACAAGAGUCAGCAACUUCCCACCAGGGGAGAGGGAGAGGAGGUGGUAAACCUUUCCCCCGACGAGAAGAAAAGAAGAGAUGUCUUUCUGAUGGAGGGCAUUCCUAAUUGGGUGGCAGUAUCCGGUUAUGUCGCUCUUGCUGCCAUGUCCAUCACCCUGAUUCCUAAAAUUUUCACGGCUAUGAAAUGGUACUUCGUCUUCUUGUGUUACCUCGUAGCGCCAGUGCUAGCUUUCUGCAACUCAUACGGCACAGGUCUCACAGACUGGAGCUUGGCUUCUACUUACGGGAAAUUGGGCCUCUUCGUUUUUGCAUCAUGGGCUGGAAACAAUGGCGGUGUCAUGGCAGGGUUGACAGCUUGUGGAGUUAUGAUGUCCAUAGUGUCAACAGCUGCCGACCUGAUGCAGGACUUCAAGACUGGUUACCUUACUCUAUCUUCACCUCGAUCCAUGUUCGUAAGCCAGAUCCUCGGAACAGCUUUGGGAUGUGUGAUUGCUCCCCUUACUUUCUGGAUAUUCUGGACUGCUUUUGACAUCGGCUCGCAAACGGGAGAGUACAAGGCACCCAAUGCCAUCAUUUUCCGAGAGAUGGCAAUCUUGGGUGUUGCUGGAUUCUCUGCACUCCCUCAACACUGUCUGGAGCUGUGUAUCGGAUUUUUCAUCUUCGCCAUUGUGACCAACCUCAUUCGAGAUACUGCUCCUCCCAAGUAUGCCCAGUUCAUUCCCAUCCCUAUGGCCAUGGCCAUUCCUUUCUACAUCGGAGCUUACUUUGCCAUAGACAUGUUUGUGGGGACUGUUAUUCUGUUCGUCUGGGAGAAGCUGAACAGGAAGGAAUCUGAGGUCUACGCAGGAGCGCUCGCCUCUGGUCUGAUAUGUGGUGAUGGUAUCUGGACUAUUCCUGCUGCCAUUCUGUCUCUGAGCAAGAUCAAUCCCCCUAUCUGCAUGACGUUCCUUCCUGCCGCUGAGGCCGCCAAGAACAUGCUGAAUCUUUGAUGUAUAUACUCUGAUACUCCAAGACUUUCGCUUUUUAGCUUCAAGGAGUCUUAGAAAAGAUCCGUGUUUCUUUCUCAUAGUCAGAUGUAGCUUGUAUUGUACAGCUGUACCUUUGCCAUCAUUUUGGUCGGGACUCUUCUCAUGUACAAUUGAUGGCAAUAGGACGAAGGAUACCAUGAAAAGAAACAUGCCAAGUAUCCUCAUUUUCCUUGGGUUGUUCUGAGUUCAAAACUAGUGGACAACUUGUAACCAGUUUCCAAAUCUGUCGUGAACCAUCUUGUCGAUGACGUGA